AUGGUCUUUAGUUUCAUCGGUGUCAGUCUGUUGACUUUGGCCGUUGCUAUCCCCAUGGCGGAGAUGUGUUCGAUGUAUCCGGUAGCAGGGGGGCAGUAUUCCUGGGUUGCGGCCCUCGCUCCACCGAAAAUCGCACGAGGCCUCUCUUAUGUGACAGGGUGGUUCAUGCUCAUCGGACUCCUCGCUAUGGGUGCCACGAAUAAUUCCAUCGCUUCCAACUUCGUACUGGGGAUGUCACAUCUGGUCUUCCCUACUUUCGAGAUCCAAAGAUGGCAAACAGUACUCGUGGCCUAUUGUGUCGCGUUCCUCUCCACUGCCAUCAACCUUUGGGGGUCACAUUUCUUGCACAAAAUUUCGAAAGGAAUCUUGAUUUGGAACGUCUGCUCCUUUGUCAUUGUCACCGCCACCAUCCUUGCCAUGAACGAUCACAAACAGCCAGCCUCUUUCGUUUUCCAGGACUUCCAGAACAGCACCGGGUUCGGUACUGGAAUGGCCGCAAUUGUCGGUGUUCUUCAGGCUUGCUUUGGCAUGUGUUGUUAUGACGCCCCAUCCCAUAUGACCGAGGAAAUGAAAUCCGCUUCAAAAGAGGCACCUAAAGCCAUCGUUCUAGCUGUGAUCCUGGGUGCCGUCACUGGGUUUGCGUUCUUGGUCACUCUUUGCUUCUGUAUCGGUGACAUCGAAACUACCGCAAACACGAGCACGGGCGUACCCGUGAUUCAGAUCAUUUAUGAUUCAACUGGAAGUAAAGCUGCCACAUGCGUGCUUUCCACUCUGAUCUCAGUGAUUGUGAUUGUCGCCGGAAACAACAUUCUGGCCGAAGGAUCACGAGCUGUUUACGCAUUUGCUCGAGACAAUGGCUUGCCAUUCUCCAAGCUUUUCAGUAAGGUCGAAAGCAAGACUCAUGUUCCUGUCAACGCUGUCCUACUCACCCUCGCGGUACAACUGGCCCUUGGUGCCAUCGAAUUCGGUACCACAACCGGCUUCCAAACCGUCAUUGCUAUCUCGACCGAAGGCUUUUAUAUGUCAUACGCCAUGGCGCUCAUCAGCAGAAUUCUUGGCUACUACACCGGCCAUGUUACCAAGCUUGACGGACCAUACGCAUUCUCCCCCUCCGUUUCAAUCGCCCUCAAUGUGAUCGGACUACUCUUUCUUCUUUUCGCGGCAAUCACUUUCAACUUCCCCAGCGAGUUCCCGGUCACCCACGAAUCCAUGAACUACACUAGCGCGGCUGUCGGUGUCGUGGGUCUCAUCAGCUUCAUCACAUGGAUCACAACUGGACGAAAGCACUUCUCUGGUCCGGGUGCGGUGAGCUUUUUAAGUGGUCAGAAUACUGCAGCUGGCACCGUGGAGCCGACAGAGUACGAGCAGAAGAGCUGA